CAAAUCUUCUUUGAGGAAUUGCAUUGAAGUUAAAACUGGCAAAAUGCUAAAUCAUGUUCUAGGAGUUGCGUUGCUUGCAGUUACAUUGACCAGCGCUCUAUCUGAAAAAUACUUAACCGAGAAACCCGCUGAUUUGGUACCCUGCUCGACAAAGGAUCCCAAGUUUAAUAAGUGUCUAGUCAAAAAUCUUCAAACUAUAUUUAUUAACUGGAAAGAUGGCAUCCCCGGUUCAGAUAUAGUUGGACCCAUAGAUCCAUUUACUAUUAAUUUUGAUUUCGGGACCAAAUUAUUCGGCAGUGAACUUAGCAGCCUCGGCAUUAAAAUAGAUUUUAGUGAUAUUACUGUCAAAGGCAUGAGUCAAGCAGUUAUUACGGAGGCUAGUAAAGACGAUGGUACAAUAGAAUUGACCUCUGACCUGGUAGCCUGCUCGGUAGAAGAUACCAAGUUCAACGAAUGUCUUAUCAAAAAUCUUCAAACUAUAUUUAUCAACUGGAAAGAUGGGAUCCCCGGUUCAGAUAUAGUCGGUCCCAUAGAUCCAUUCUCUAUUAAAUUUGACAUUUGGACCAAAGUAUUAAACAAUGAACUAUUCAGCAAAUUCUUGGGUAAUGGAACAGACUUUAAAGAUAUUGUCGUUAAAGGCAUGAGUCAAGCAACUAUUACGGAGGCUAGUUAUGAUCCUACCAAAUAUGAAGCGAAGGUUGUUUUUAAGAUUCCAAAGCUGAUCUUUCAUGUCGACUACAAAUUGACGAUUAGUGGAGGUGUUAAUAAUUUACAAAUCAGCACUAAAGGCUCUUCUAGCUUAGAAUUGGGCGACUUAUUAUUGGAGUAUAAGGUGACUCUCAAGCCGCGUGUUACACCCGAAGAUACAUUCUUCGAUGUCCUACAGCUAGAAGGCGGUAUCAAAAAAGAGAUAGAUGCCAAAGACGAUCUACAUGAUUCGGAUUUAAAUGACUAUGUCUACGAUGCUUACUGGAGGGAAUGGUUCAAGGGUUUUAAAAUCUUUUUUGAACCAACAGCUGAGUCGUUGUUGCUUGAACGGGUCAAGAAGGCACUUCAAGCACUGCGACGUUACUGGAUCACAUUCUCAAUUAUUUAUACUAAAAUGCUAAUUCAAAUUGGAAUUUCAUUGGGAUUGUUGCUGCUUUCGCUUGGAUUGCCAGCUACCAAGGCUAGUAAAUAUUUGACCACGCAACCGUCUGAGUUGACACCCUGCCACUUGGGCGAUCCAAGUUUUGAAUCAUGUUUUACCAAAAAUAUGCAAACAAUAUUUAUUACCUGGAAUAAUGGACCACCUGGCUCUAACAAUUUGGGACCCUUUGACCCGCUUUCCAUAAAGCGCGUGAAAAUUUCCCAAGCUGGCAACAAUGUGAUUUCUAUCAAUGCAGAUUUUAAGAAUCUCGUGGUAAAGGGUGCUAGUCAAGCAGUUGUCAAGAAGGCCACCUACGAUCCCGACCGAGGUCUAGUGAAAGGUCUUCUGUCUAUUCCAAAACUAAGAUUUGAAUUCGACUAUAAAUUGAAAGGACAUGUGCUACUUCUUAAUCUGAAUGGUCAGGGCAAUGGCUUUUUUGAAACUGAAAAAAUAACAACCCUUGUUGAAGUUGUUGUUAAACCUCGAAUCACACCCGAUGCUAGCUUUUCCGAUGUGCAGAGUUCAAAAGUAACUUUCCCAGAGAUCGGAGGGUUUAGAAUCAAAUUGAAUAAUCUAUUUGGAAACGAUAAGCAACUGGAGGAAACAGCUCAUACAAUCUUUAAUGAGAACUGGCGUCAGUUCUAUGAUAUCUUGCAACCGGCAAUUGAGCAAGCCAUUCAAGCAGUGAUGCUCGAUCGGGCAAAUAAGAUUUUCAGCUACGUGCCAGCCAACUUCAUAAUUGAGAACUACCAUUAAGCGGUAUUACAUAUCUGAUAUUAAUGACGUAAUGCAAUAUGCAGUAAUUAUUAAAUACAUUGUAUUAAUGUACAAAUAAUUGAUAACAAAGUGCAAUUAAAUGGAUCAUAAGAGAUUAA